ACCCGAGCCCCGGGCGCCGACCCCGGGCACCUCUGUUGGUGUCUGCGUGCAGAGGAAGGRCGAGCGGGGAGUGUAACUUAGCGAAGUCCGAGGACCUCGAAAACCCAGCAGCUUUCCUUUUGUCUCCUAGAAACUUGUGUUCUUUGGGGACAAACGGGUUAAGUGAGACUGGGAGGCAUCAUCAACUGUCUCCGCGGGAUGAGAGAAAGCUGGACUGACCAUUAUGGAGGAGGAGCUGCAGCAUUCACACUGUGUGAAUUGUGUCAGUAGACGGUGUAUGACCAGACCAGAGCCUGGGAUUUCCUGUGAUUUGAUUGGUUGUCCUUUGGUUUGUGGAGCAGUUUUCCAUUCUUGUAAAGCUAAUGAGCACCGACUUCUGUGUCCAUUUGAACGAGUGCCUUGCUUAAAUAGUGACUUUGGAUGUCCUUUUACCAUGACCCGAAAUAAAGUUGCUGAACAUCUUGAAAUGUGUCCUGCAAGUGUGGUAUGCUGUACUAUGGAAUGGAACCGAUGGCCAGUUAGUUAUGCGGACCGGAAAUCRUAUGAAAAUCUAAGCAGAGAUGUUGAUGAAGUGGCUCAAUUAGAUAUGGCCUUGGCUCUUCAAGACCAAAGGAUGCUCUUAGAAUCUCUCAAAGUAGCCACCAUGAUGUCAAAAGCUACUGAUAAAGUAUCUGAACCUAGAGAACAAAUCUCAGUUAAAUCCAGUGUCUCUGAAAUACCACAUGCUAAUGGUUUGGUAUCUGUUGAUGAAGAAUCUUAUGGUGCACUUUAUCAAGCUACUGUAGAAACAACCAGAAGUUUGGCUGCUGCUUUAGAUAUCUUGAAUACUGCCACAAGAGACAUUGGCAUGUUAAAUACAAGUCUUCAUACUACCCCAGAUGAAAUGAAUGAAGAACAAAAUGACAGAGAAAGUUUGCAGGAUAGAAACUUGAAAGACCAGGAUCGUCCUUACGAGGAUGAGAUAGGGGCAGUAGGUGGAAUCGACCAUACUGGCAUAAGUCAGAAUGCCCAGUCUGAGCAAAAUGGUUCAAGUGAUUUAUUGUGUGACUUGAAUGCAGGUUCUUAUGGCACUUCUGUUCUUUGUAAUGGCUUUCCUUUGGAAAAUGUAUGUACACAGGUCAAAGACCAGGAUCAGAAUUUUCAAGUUGAUUCAAAACAAAGUAGCUUAACAAAUGGAGAAUGUGUGGCAUCAGAUGGUACUGCAGAAUCUUCCAGUUCACUUUCAGUAGCAGCACAACUUAGGGAAGUAAUACCCUCCAGUGCUUUACCUAAUGGCACCGUUCAGCAUAUCCUCAUGCCAGACGAUGAAGAUGAAGGAGGACUGUAUUGGAGAAAAGUAGACUUAGGGGACUUGAGGAAUGUGGAUGUCUUAUCUUUCAGUCAUGCUCCUUCAUUCAAAUUUCUUUCUAAUUCAUGUUGGUCUAAACCAAAAGAAGAUAAAGCAGUAGAUACAUCAGAUUUGGAAGUUGCUGAAGAUCCUAUGGGCCUCCAAGGAAUAGAUCUGAUUACAGCAGCAUUACUGUUCUGUCUAGGAGAUUCUCCAGGUGGGAGGGGUAUAUCUGAUAGUCGCAUGGUUGAUGUAUAUCAUAUUGACUUUGGGACGCAGACUUUUUCGCUUCCAUCUGCAAUAUUAGCUACAAAUACAAUGGUUGGGGAAAUAGCUUCAGCUUCAGCUUGUGAUCAUGCCAAUCCCCAGCUUUCAAAUCCAAGUCCUUUUCAGACACUUGGGUUGGAUUUAGUAUUGGAAUGUGUUGCUAGGUAUCAACCUAAGCAGCGUUCAAUGUUUACCUUUGUGUGUGGACAGUUAUUUAGAAGAAAAGAAUUUUCUUCACAUUUUAAGAAUGUACAUGGUGACAUUCAUGCUGGACUCAAUGGCUGGAUGGAACAGCGGUGCCCUUUAGCCUAUUAUGGUUGUACUUAUUCUCAGCGUAGAUUUUGUCCAUCAACACAAGGAGCAAAGAUUAUACAUGACCGUCAUUUGAGGUCGUUUGGAGUUCAGCCAUGUGUAUCUACAGUAUUAGUAGAACCUUCUAGAAACUGUGUGUUGGGAUUACAUAAUGACCAUCUAAGUAGUCUUCCCUUUGAGGUCCUACAACAUAUUGCAGGCUUUCUCGAUGGCUUCAGUUUAUGCCAGCUCUCAUGUGUGUCCAGGUUAAUGAGGGAUGUGUGUGGCAGUCUGCUUCAGUCUCGUGGAAUGGUCAUACUGCAGUGGGGGAAAAAGAAGUAUCCAGAAGGAAAUUCAUCAUGGCAGAUAAAGGAAAAGGUAUGGCGAUUCAGUACUGCAUUUUGUUCAGUUAAUGAAUGGAAAUUUGCUGACAUCUUAAGYAUGGCUGACCACUUGAAGAAAUGCAGUUACAAUAUCAUAGAGAAACGGGAGGAAGCAAUCCCCUUGCCAUGUAUGUGUGUGACUCGAGAACUCACUAAAGAAGGACGUUCACUACGCUCAGUUUUAAAACCUGUACUUUAAAAACUAACUACUUGCGUACACAUGCAAGCACCUAGUAUAAUUUCUUUGUAAUAUGUGAUACUUUAUUAAUGUAUUAAAGAGUACAGCUAGAUAAAWGUAAUGUCAUUAUGUAUAUAUAUGUUUUGAAGUGAUAUAUAUUUUUAUAAAGUACUGUUUAGUUGGAAAAAUAAUCGCCUUAAUGUUUGAAAUGUGUGGCAUUUUUGGAACUUGCUGGACAGGGUGAUUUAAUGUUAGUUACAUAAUUUUCAGAAUUAGUAUUUUUGAUGGUGUGCAUAUUUUGGUUCUUAAAUGUUUUGCUUCUUAAAACUAACAAGAUCCUGACCAAUUUAUUCCUCAUGUUUUCUAUGGGUUAAGCCCACACAAUCAAAAAAGCAAAACUUUGAUUCAAAUUUUUGCUGCAUAGGUUUUUCAGAUGAACACUUUCAAUUGCUUAAGCACUGCCCUAAGAUCCUUAUAAAAUUUUUUAUUAUCUAGUCGUUCCCCUCUGACAAUUAUUGAUGCACAGAUGAUCUCCAAUAUACUUACAUAAUAUUUAAAAUUACAACUAGUKUUUGGUAAUGCUAUUUAUAAUGUUUUAAAGAUAAUUCACAAAGAUGUUUUCAUCUUAUGUUCUUAAAACUUAUACAGAGUGACCACAAGCAGCUUUCCCUUUUAUUAAAUGCCACAUCCAGAGAUUUGUGGCCAUGUGUUUUAUGGCAGGUUAAAGCAAAAACAUGCAAACAAAAAACAAGCCAGUGAAUUUAAUUGGAAACCAUUCAUGUUAUUGUGUAUUUGCUAAACAUUUAAUGUUUGAACAAAAAUAUACCUCAUUUUAAGUUUGAAUUUGGCAUAUUUUGCAAAUACAUUUCAAAUAUUCAGAAUGCAAAGGGCUUAACUUUUUCAUAUGCAUUUUAAAAUUUUGCCUUUUGUAGUUUACAAAAAUACAGCUAUAUUGUUUUAAGACAUUUAAAAAUGUGAAUUUAAUGUUGUCUUUGUAAGAUAUCCAGCAGAGACCUGCAUAGUUUGACAAUCUCUCUGAAACAUUUCCAAGUUAAUUUCCUAUACACUUUUUUACCAGAAAGUAAGAGUUGUAUCUUCAUGAAAAGAUCCAGGGAGGAUAGAGAAAUAUYCAAAAGCCUAUUCUUGAAGUAUUUUAUUAUAGUUUUAUACUGUUAACUUGAUGUGGUCACUUUAAAAAUGAAUAAAUUUGCUGUAUKAGUAUUUAGGAAACAUUGCAAAGAUGGAGACAUAUACUUAAAUAAUUUGUCUUAGGUAAAUUCUGGCAUGUGGUAAGCUAAAAUGGUGAUGAGCUUCCUGGUUAUAAAUGUCAACACUGAAUUAUAUUUUUACUUCCUACAUUUGUCCCUGAGAGUGUUUUAUGGUCACUGGUCCAUGAUUCCCAUAUAUGGCAAUCAGGAUGGGCAGAGGUGUUACUUGGGCAGUAGAGAAUUUUGAAUUGCUGAAGAUUUGUUUUGGUUGGAUCAAGUUCUUAUUAUAGUUCAAAAAUAUAGGAUUAAAGACUCAUCAGUUGUUUUGCCUCAGCUCUCAUUUUAAUUAGUAGAAUACUUACUUCUCAGUGCUUAACUAUCGUUUUAAUUCUGAGAUUGAAUUGCAUAAGAAGUCUCUAUUUCUGUGGAAAAGUCAGAAAUGAGAUAUCAAAUACUAUAAGGUAUUACUCUGCCUUUUGUUAAGCUUUUACUGAAGAAUGUGUUUGUGGUUAGCCUAGCACAGGCAUUAACUUUUUGUUUUAUGGUUGUGCUUUUAAAAAUCCAUUGUUUUUAGGUUUAGAUUUGUUAUUUCCACACUGAAUCAUGAAAUAUUUAACAUUUUUCCACCUUAUAUUUCUUUUACACAUCUUUCCCUGUUCUCUUUUUUGUUAUGCCACCAUAUCAUUUUGUUAAAAUGUUUUCUCUGUGCAACAUUUGUUUAAGUUCUAAUAAAAUUAAUAUUUUCCCCUUAUAUGUCUCAUUAACUUAAAAAGAAAAACUUUCAUUUAAAUAAAAUUUUAAUACUUGUUUGAUGAAUUCAAAACACAGUCUGUUUCUGGAAUGUUGAUUCUUCUGCGUGUUACAGGAGUUGCUGGUUGAUUAUCAUUGCUAGCUCAGGUUUUACUGGUGAACUCUAAAUUUUUCUGUAAUAUAUAGAACUUAUUAGUUAAUUUUCUUUGCCCCUUGAGUGUCUUGAAAGUAGGCCCAUCUAGAGAUAUUAAAAGGCUGCUAAGAGAUUGUGGCAUGAUUAUUUUUUUAAAACUUGAAACCAGAACUUCCUAUUUGUCCUCUUAAGCACGAAGAGGUUUGUAUGUUGACCUAGUAGAUUUUUAUUUGCAAAGUCUUUGUUGAUUGCUUAAGUCUUUGCUACCCAGAAAGAUAAAGGGCAAGCAUCAAAAUGGAGGAAAAUAUCUAAAUUCACUUUUAUUCUCUUUAUCCUUUCCCAGUACUGCUUAAUAGCUUGCUUGCUCUUUCUUUUCUCUCUUUUCAUUCUCUUUUUUUCUCUCUGUUCCUUUCCCCCUCACAUGUCACUUGGGGUAAGAACAAAUGGUCUGUUUUAACAAGGUCUCCAGGUGAUUCUGAUGCACAAAAAACUAUAAGAUCUUAGAGGAAGACAUACUAUCUCUACCCUCUGAUGUUUUAUUAGAAUGGAUAUAUAUGUGUAUGUACGAAUGUAUAMUCCAAAAUUAAGAGUAAUGAUUGUGUUAAUAGUUAAAUUAUAUAUGUUGUCUCAGUCUUAGAGCCAUAUGAGAAAAUACAUUGGGUAUAAAAACUUGUUACUAGUAUUUUAAACUUCACUAGUAUUUUAUGGUGUUUCUUCUAUUCAAAGGCAAGAAUAGAGUACAUUUUARUUCAUUAGUACUAACAUUUAGCAUAGUCACACUUGUUUAGUGGUUGCAGAGUGAUGUGAACGUACUAGAAUUGUAGGAUGAGCAAAGAGAGUAGAAGUAGAUAAAUUCCAAAUUAAAUCCUACUAAAGUAUUUGUAGGGAUCCCUUCAACCCUAUCAAUAAGAUUAAAGAUCGACUUUCUGGUUUAUCAGUAGUAUAGAAUUAUUUUUAGUCUUUGUCUGCGCAUAUUCCAUUAAGGCUAUUCCUAUCAUGUGUCCUUUAACUUUGGAUAUUGGGGUCUUAGUAAUGUUUAAGAUACUAGAGUUUCUCAUACCCCUUGAAGAUACAGUAGUUUGUGUUAGUAUAUUGAUAACAGAUUUUACUUGUGGGGAUUUGAAUACUUGUAGGUGAAAAAUGCAAACAGAUUUCUCCAUGUUUUGCAUCCCAAACUGAAAAGACAUGGUUAUUAAUU